AUGUGGAUCACCAAAACAGAUCACAGUUUUUUUUUUUUGAGAGAGAAAAACAGAUCACAGUUUAUGGAAACCUCUACGUACGAACCACCAAAACAGAUCCUAUGAUGCACGUCUAUGAUCUGGGCUAAUUAUACCGCAUCGAUCGGGACGCGAUCGGAUCUCGCCCUGGACUGGGCUCCCUCCUAGAGCCAGCCACCCAUCGAGGCAUCGACCAUGGUAGGCGGCGGCGGCGACGACGCCAGGUCGCGGACGCAAGCUGCGAGAGGGCGGCGGCAGACAGCAGCGUCGCUGCCGUUGGAUGUGCUGGUGGACAUUGCAGCGCGCACCGACCCAGCCACCUUCGUGUCCUGCGCCGCUACGUGCGUGGACAUGCGCUGCCGCGUCAAGGAAUAUAUCAGCCUCCGUGCCCCCCUCCGCCUACGGGACGGCGACCACUUCGUGCUCCCCCUCCUGCGAGGCCACCUGAUCUACCGGCACCGUGACUGGUCCAUGCCAAAGGAUGAGUUAUUUGUGGUGGACACCACCGCGCCAUAUGCCACCAAGCUGCGCACCGCCACUGGCGGUGGCAUCCCCCUAUCGUCACGCGAUGGUCUCGUCCUCGCCCGUGUGGGAGUGGCCAAAGAGCUCCGCGUGUGCGACCCGGCCACCGGCAGGAGCCUGACCCUGCCGUCUGAACCGACGUUUCGUUGGGUGUCUGGGAUAAAUUAUGUCUUGAUCGUCGGCGACCAUGAUGAGGGUGUGACUCCCGUUGGUCGGCAUUUCCAUGUAGUCAUGGCAUACCUAGAUACGUCACAGUACCGCCCUCACCUGAAGCUCUGCACCUACUCGUCGGAGCACAGAGUGUGGGAUGCUACACUGAGAUUCAGGUCCCUAGCCUGCAAGGCAGCCGCUUGCAGGGACGCCUCAACAAGCCUCUGGUUGUCGGGGGCGCUGUGCACUGGUUUUGCCUGACCGACACCGGUACCUAUGUCCUGAAGCUCAAUGUCAGAGCGGUAAAGGUGAUGGUGACAAAGCUCCCAAAGAG